CUUACCUGUACCACACCCUGUAUCUGUAGUACCUUCAAAAAACAUUGACUUUACUCAAACCAAAAUCAACCUCUAAACAAAAACCCAUUAUUUUUCAUUCCACCAGAUUUAUUGCUCCAAUUUUUGAAUUAUAAUAUCACAGAAACCGCUUUCUUUUUCUAUCUACCUGUAAAGAUCCUGCCAAAAUAAAAAAUACAUUGUAAAUUGUAAUUGGCUUUGAUGCUGAUCAGUCCUUCUCACUUUCUCAGUGUUCCUUCAGUUGCGACGGCUGCAAAAAUCAAGUCCGGCCCGGCCCGCAGCUCAAGCUAAUCAGCAAAAUUCAAGCAAUAUAAGGGCAAAUAUUGGUGGAGUUGGAAGAAAAAAAAAUUGAGUUAGAAUACGCAGAAUGCCGAAGCACAUUCAUCGCGGGGUGAUGAUGGAGGGUAUCGCAAUGCCGACGAAAACAAGGAAAAGAGGGUGCUCGUCCUCGUCGUCUUCUUCCUCGAGAAUUCAUCACUACAGGUUGAAUAAGCGGGCCAUUGUGGUGGGCCGGAGUCGGGCCGGGCUCGGGGGGUCCAGAUCCGGCACCCAGGUGCCCACGUGGCGGACGGCGAGUGCCGUAGAGUCACCCAAGUAUUCUCAGAGUGGCAGGCCGGCCCAGCCCGUUUCGGCCCGGCGGCUGGCGGCCACGCUCUGGGAGAUGAAUGAGAUUCCGUCGCCGGGGUUGGGCGGGAGUGAUUUGGAGGCGGUGAAGCAGCAGCUCAGGAAGAGUGGGACCAAGACUGUUUUCAAGAGAGAGAAAAUGCAGUCGGGCUGGGGGCUGCGCUCCACCUCCGUUUCGGUCUCGGGCUCUCUGCCGCCGCAUUUGUCGGAUGCCUCGCACAGCCCGUCUGUUUCCGAGGUUGAUCCAAGUGGAAUAGCGAGUGAGAAGAGGACACCAUCGAUUUCUCGAAGGCACACCUCUGCUGAAGUUGAUUCUAUCAGCAAUGCUAGUUUUAUGGAGGUACUCUUGUUUUUCUUUGGAUACAUUGCAUCUUCAACGGUUGUAUAUCAAGUGCCUGAGUAUGAACAUGGCUUGCAGAUUGAGAGCCGGUCGAGGGCCCCGACUUCGAGUGGAUCGGUUAGUGGCGGUAGGAGUCGCCUAAAGGAUGUAAGCAACGCUUUGACUACGUCGAAAGAGUUGCUGAAAAUCAUCAGCCGCAUUUGGGCUCAUCAGGCGGACCAACCUUCAUCAAGCAUGUCUGUGGUGUCUGCGCUGCAUGCCGAGCUUGAGAGAGCUCGGACGCAGGUCAAUCAUCUGAUGCAAGAGCAACGAACGGGUAGAAACGAGGUCCACCAUCUCAUCAAGUGUUUUGCUGAGGAAAAGACGUCGUGGAAGAGCAAAGAGCAGCAAGCAAUUGAGGCAGCGAUUGCAUCCAUUGCUGGUGAGCUUGAGGUGGAGCGCAAGAUUAGGAGACGGCUCGAGUGCUUGAACAAGAAUCUAGGGAAAGAGCUAACGGAGAUCAAGUCAUCAUUCAUGAAGGCAGUUAGGGAGCUGGAGAGUGAGAGGAGAGCAAGAGAGAUAACUGAGCAAGUAUGCAAUGAAUUAGCAAGGAACGUGGAUGAGGAUAGAGCUCAAGUGGAGAAGCUGAAGAGCGAGUCCAUCAAGAUUCAUCAGGAGGCAGAGAAGGAAAGGGAGAUGCUCGAGUUAGCUGAUAAAUUACGUGAGGGGAGAGUGCAGAUGAAGCUCUCCGAGGCCAAGCAUCAGUUCGAGGAGAAGAGCUCCGCCAUCAGCAAACUGAGGAAACAGUUGGAAGUCUUCCUCGGAGCUAAAAGGGACAAAGAUGACGAGAGAGCAACGUGUUUGAGUAAGCCGAACAUCAGCUCACACGCACAAGACGAUAGAGAGGUUGAGGAUGCUAGAGACAGCAAGGCGGAAUCAGCAGAAGGCGAUCACUUGAUUGAGAGCAAGAACAACACGAGCAAAGUCCACAAAUGGGCUUAUGCUUAUAGCUCCGCCAUUGCUCGUGAUUCCAAGAAAUCACCAGUUGAUGAGAUCAAAGCUAGGAACUCCAUCUCCGGUCAGGUCUCUUGGAGGAGCACCGCACUCCAAAGGGCUAUAUCUGAAGGAGUGGAAGGGGGCAUCCGUCGCCAUGAGAAGGGAGAUGGUUUCGACAGGCAAAGGUUUCCCGAGGUUGAGAAGGAACCACAUAGAAGGAGCUACUUGGAUGAGACGCAGAGAUACAGAGGUGUGAAGGGACUCCACGAGCACGUGGUGUCGAGCCCUCGAUCAUCGUUAACCAGAGACUGCUACAGUCCAUCCCAGCAGAGGGAGCAGCCAUUGCCUUCCAGGAAACCUAAAUGGUGACUUCUUUCUCAACUGUAGUAGGGAAAAAGACUGCUCUUUUAGAAUAAAGAAACAAUAUGAAAUCUUGGAGUUCUAAUUGUGAAAUAUGAAGAAGUUAACAUGAUGUUGAUUUUUUGCAAAUACUUGAAAUCCAGCUUUCAUUUUGCUGCUA